AUGGCUAAUGAUGAACUAAUGAUGGAUUUUCAAAAACUAAAAGAGAAUAUACGCACUUUUUCAAACGGUGAAGCAAGAAUUAUUGAUUUUGACACGAAAGAACCAAGCAAGCAUAUUAAGUUGAAUUCCAUAAAGGCCGAGCAUUUGUAUUUCAAUUUUCCCCUUGGACUUCCUACUCAACUGGAGAUCAAAAGGUGGUAUUUCUAA